CUUGAAGAGGAACUUUAACGCUUGAAGAAUGAUGAUCACUUCCACGCUCAAGCCCACUGGUAUUAUGUAGCAGUACGAUAAUUCCGUCCAGCUUCAUUCAUCGUCAGAGUUUCCGAUAUAGUUGGACGUUGCCUAUAAUAAUAUAACCACACAAGAUGAGAACGAAUUCAUUUAAUAGUCUUUCGCUUAAUAUUACUAUCAUUCUAUCUCUUCUGAUUUACAUUCAAUCUCAAUCAAAUUCCAUCACAGAUGCCAAAAAACACAAGCCAAAGAAAUCAUGUCAGUCUCGUCCAGCCAAAGAAAACACUUGGAAUCUAAAGUCUCAUUCGAGUGGGAAUAAUCUUAUUAACUUCUUUAAUUUUGAGACUGCUAAUGACGGAAGUCAAGGAGGUAUAGCCAAAUAUGUUGAUCUUGAAGAAGGAUACGAUUCUUCAAUGAUCGGAUCAAACAAUGGAGCUCUAUAUUUUGGAGUGGAUACUACUCCGUAUAGUGAAAAUCGAAAAUCAUUUCGUCUUUCUUCCAAACAAACUUUUUCGGCUGGAACUUUAGUGGUUGUAGAUGUAUUACAUAUGCCUGCCACUUGUGGUUCAUGGCCAGCAUUAUGGACAGUAGCUAAAGAAGCUGAAUGGCCACAACAAGGAGAAAUCGAUAUUAUUGAGGGUGUUAAUAUGUUUACUCAAAAUUCAAUCUCGGUUCAUACCAAACCUGGGUUUUGGAUGAAAUCUACUGGAUUCCAUUCUAAGUUCAUGUUAGAUGGUGAUCAACAAACUAAUUGUGAUGUAGCAGCUACAGAUGAUCAAGGUUGUGGUUUACGGGAUACGAACCAGACUUCUUUUGGUGAACCGUUUAAUGCCGCAGAAGGUGGUGUACAUGUUUUAGAAUGGACUACCGAUUCCAUCAGUAUUUACUUCUUUCCUCGUGGAAAGAUUCCAGACGAUAUUUCAUCUGGUUAUCCAUCUAGAUCACCAUCAUGGGGUCAACCUACUGCUAAAUUUCAAGGAAGUGGUGGUCAAUCAACUUCUGAUUAUUUUAAAGACCAUGUUCUUGUGGUCAAUACCAACUUAUGUGGAAAAUGGCCAGAAUCUAUUUGGAACUCUGAUGCAUCUUAUGCUGGUCAACCAAAGAGUUGUGCUGCUAUAACUGGACAUGAUACUUGUCAAGAUUUUAUUACUAAUGCAGGUGAUAAGUUAGAUGAGGCUUAUUGGGCUAUCAAGUCUGUGAAGGUUUAUAACUAAGAUUUGGUGAUGGUUUUUGUGUAAGGCUUAGGACCUUGACCGUAGUUUUGGUUUCUUUAUUCCAAUUUCAAUUUCUUUUUAUGUUACACUUUAUUAACCUUGAGUGAAGUAUUCUGAUUCAGACACAAACUUUGACACACAUAUGUAUUUCUAUAACCCAUUUGUUUUGUCACAAGGAUUUGUUUGUUGUCUCUUUAAAUUGUUUUCUUACUCUGCUGAUUGCAUAUUGCAUAGUCAUUUGUCGUUUCUCAGGGAUUUACAUGAGCUUUUUUGAAAUAUAUCAUUUCACGUGUUAUGAUAAAAAAUUCCAAGAUGAGUGACCCUAU